AAUAAUGUGGGUGUUGACGGUUGAGUGCCGAAUAGUUCUUAUAGUUUCGUUUUCUUUCCUCUAUUUAUAAAUAAAAACAACUUCAGACGUUCCUGUGCUAUUUAUAUCAUUGCAAAUCAUUCUAUAUCACUAUCUUGAGAACUAUAAAUAAUUUUGUGGCUCAUUAUCCUUUUAUUAAAAAAUGCGUUAUAUAUUCUUAACUACUAUUUUCAGUGUUGUGUUUGCGUAUGAAAAAGAUAUGACUUUUACUGUACAAGCCGGCAAACAAGACUGUUUUUAUCAAAAAGUGCUUCCCAAUGAAAUAAUUGAUAUAGAAUAUCAGGUAAUAGACGCAUCACAUGGUGAGCUGGAUAUAUCAUUUCAGCUCUCAGAUCCUGUGGGAAUGAUUAUUGUAGCUGAUUAUAAGAAGCCGGAGAACGCACACAGACAUACAUCUGUGCUGGAAGGAGAUUAUCGAUUCUGCUUUGACAAUACAUUUAGCACUUUUAGUGAGAAGACUGUAUUUUUCGAUUUAAUGAUAGAUAACGAAGAUUCACAAAGCAAAGAUUAUGAGGAUGACAAGGAAAUGGAAUUGGGCAACGCAGCCGAGACGUAUGUUAUGCGCGUAAGAGAUAUAUCAGAAUCGGUCACUCGCGUAAAGGAUAAUGUAUCUGCUGCUAAAAGGCUGCAAGAGCUGCUGUCAGCCCACGAAGCAAGAGAUAGGAAUCUUGCUGAGGACAUGUGUGAUCGGGUGCUGAAGUGGUCGCUAGUCCAUAUAGUUUUUAUGUCACUCAUCGGGGUUUUCCAGGUUUACUUCGUAAGAAGCCUGUUCGAAGAUUCCAGUAGGAGUUAUAAAAAAUUUGUUCCUCACCUAUGAAUACCAAAGAUUUUGUAUUUAGUAUAACAAUUUUGUAUUUAUUAUAAUAUGAUUUAUCAUAAGUUUAGACAAAUUGAACACAGCUGAAUUACAAAAUUCUACAUACCCCUAGAUUUUUAAACGAGUUUAAAACUUUAUCUAACUGAGAGCUACAUAUAAGCAACAUGUCAUUAAACAAAACAGCGAUCGCAGAUAAAGCAACUCAAUUGUCUAAUAAUGAAGGUUAUAGAAGGUCAUACAAUGUCGCAUGUCAUUUCAAAUAGCAGUUAUGAUAAAUUAUUAUUAUUUGUUUUCCUAAAUUCUGUUAAAUUUGCGAUAACUUAAAAAAUUCAAGAUUUGACGUAAUAUUUCGAUAGAUAUGUGUAUCAAAGACAACGUGAAAUUGUCAGCUUGUGAUGUGAUUUUUUUAAAAUACAAACUACAAGAUCCAAUAAAUAACAAUAAAAACACU